AUGGAUUCCUUAAUAUAAAGAUGGAAAUCCACUGUAGGAAGUGGCUAGAAGAGUGGUAGUUUCUCUUCUAGAAAUGGUAAUACCAUUGAAGAUUCUGCUUUUAGGCAUAAUAAUAGCUCUUAGAAUGAUAUUUAUUAGAGAGACAGAUCUCUGUCAGCAAAGAAUAAUGAAAAAAGAGAUUUAAAUGAUUCUUCCUCUUCAUCUUCUUCAGAAAUCCCAUUUUCAUCUAAACGCCAUAAUUAAUCUGCAAUGAAUUAUUAAAAUAGAACUCAUGAGGAUAAACUAGAUGAUAUAUUCUCUAAUAGUGGAACCAAGGUAUAAUAAGUAGAAGGAAAUAGCAAAUAAAGAUAGCAGUAAGGACAAUCAACUAUAAAGCCUCCCUUGAAGCAGCAUUAAUCCCCUCAGAGAAAUGGUAGUUAAGAUGAAAAAAGUAAACUCAAAAGCCUAAGAGAAUCGUAUGCAAAUACUAAAGCGAAUGCUCAAAUAAAUAUACCUUAAAAAAUGCAAAACCAAUCAUAAGUUUUUAAUAAUAAUAAUAGCUUAAUUUAAAACAUAAAUAGCAAUACAUCAAGAAGUUAAAUUAUAGCAAAUUCACCUUAAAGAUCAGUAGCAGCCGCUAACAAUACAAAUAGAAGAAAUAUGACUUUUUAUAUAGACGAAAGUGUUUUCAGAAUAGUAGAUGUUUUUACAAUUAGUAAAUAACUUGAUCACAAAGAAUAAGUUAGUAGAGUAAGAAAUUUGGUAGAGACUUUAGUUGAAAAUUGUAAGAAUUACUAUGGUUUAACUGCUAACCGUUCUAAUAGUAGAGAAGAUUAGUAAUCUCAAUCAUAAAUUAAAGAAACUGAAAGAACUCUAAGUAAAAUUAAACAAACAAGCCUAGCCCAGAAAGCUGAACAAAAUAGCAAAAUAGUAUAAGAUUUAGAAAAUAAACUCUUUGAGUGUGAAAGAUCAAGGAUAUAGCUAAAGACUGAAAAUGAAUAAUAAUAAUUCAAAAUAGCAUCACUACAAAAAGAAAUUGAAACGAUCAAAAUUUCAAAUACAAUGCUAGAAAUGGUGAGAGAGUCUUAACUACUCCUUGAAAAAAAUAAUAAAACCCUCCAUGAAUAACUGAAAAAAGAAGAACUGAAAAAUAUAGAAUAGUAAAGGAUAUUCGAAACAUAAUUAUAGGAAGUAUAGCUGAUAAUCAAUCAUUUAAAGCAACAGCUCACCUAAGCAUACUCAAUUUCGCCAACAAAGAGUCUCUAAUGA